CUAGAAAGUGAGCUGCGGAGAUUUGUACUGCUCACUAUGAGCCUUGCUUAAAAGAAUAUCAACAACAGCUUGGACUUGGCCCGACACUCAGAAAAAGUUGGACUCUUUCACUCAACCGUUUGUGGUGUUUUUUCGUCUUUUGUGGCUGCAUCUGCGUUUUUUGGGGGGACGAGAGCAUAAAUUCCAAUGUGGAGUUUAUGCGCUUUGUUACGUUAACAAGUAUGCCAGCAGGAAACAACAGGAAAAGGCUGUCUUUCAUUGCAGAUUUCGACAGCUAACACACUUUGGAAGAAUAUCAAGUGCUCGACUUGUAAAGUUUAGAAUGACUCCGAAUAACUUUUACUGAGUGUCGUCGAGAUUUUCAGAUUUCUCCCGGCGUGGAAAAAAAAAGUUUGGGAUUGGCUCACGUUUAUUUUUUAACUUCCGAAGCCUAACUUUUUUGGGACAUAAAGUUCGAAGACUGUUUUGGGACAAUGGAUCCGAGCCAGCACAACCCUCCUGCCGGACACCAAAUCGUCCAUGUACGGGGCGACUCUGAGACUGACCUAGAGGCGCUUUUUAACGCCGUGAUGAACCCGAAAGUCAAUACCGUGCCCCACUCUGUGCCCAUGAGGAUGAGGAAACUGCCAGACUCCUUCUUCAAACCACCAGAACCAAAGUCUCAUUCCAGACAAGCCAGCACCGAUGCUGGGAGUGGCGGAGUGCUCAUCCCUCACCAUGUCCGUGCACACUCAUCCCCUGCUUCCUUGCAGUUAGGAGCUGUUUCUGGUGGCUCACUGUCUGGCAUGGGCUCAACAGGGGCCUCUCCUCAACAUCUUCGUCAGUCUUCUUAUGAGAUUCCUGAUGACAUGCCCCUACCAGAUGGGUGGGAGAUGGCCAAGACUGCCUCUGGCCAGAGAUACUUCCUCAACCACAUUGAUCAGACCACCACUUGGCAGGAUCCACGCAAGGCCAUGCUCCAGAUGAACCAGCCUCCCCCUCCCAGUUCUGUGCCAGUCCAGCCGCAACCUAUCAUGAAUCCAGCCAGUGGACCCCUCCCUGAUGGCUGGGAGCAGGCUAUUACAGCAGAGGGAGAAAUUUACUACAUCAAUCACAAGAACAAGACCACAUCCUGGCUGGACCCACGACUUGAGCCACGUUAUGCUCUGAACCAGCAGAGAAUUUCCCAGAGUGCUCCAGUGAAACAGCCUGGGCAGCUGCCUCCCAGCAUCAGUGGAGUUAUGGGAAGCAACAACCAGAUGAGACUUCAGCAGAUCGAGAAGGAAAGACUGAGACUGAAGCAACAGGAGCUGCUUCGGCAGAGACCACAGGAGCUUGCUCUAAGGAACCAGCUGCCUACCAGUAUGGAUCAAGAUGGCAGCACAAACCCUGUGUCCUCCCCUAUGGCUCAAGAUGCCCGGACCAUGACGGCCAACAGCUCUGAUCCAUUCCUCAACAGCGGGACCUACCACUCCAGGGAUGAGAGCACAGACAGCGGCUUGAGUAUGAGCAGCUACAGUGUCCCUCGCACUCCAGAUGACUUCCUGAACAGUGUGGAUGAGAUGGAUACAGGGGACCCACUUGCACCCUCCAUGGCAACACAGCCCAGUCGUUUCCCUGACUACCUGGAUACCAUUCCUGGAACAGACGUAGAUCUGGGCACCCUGGAGGGGGAGAGCAUGGCGGUGGAAGGCGAGGAGCUGAUGCCCAGCCUGCAGGAGGCGCUGAGCUCAGACAUCCUCAAUGACAUGGAGUCUGUGCUGGCAGCUACCAAGCUCGACAAGGAGAGCUUCCUCACAUGGUUAUAGAAAAGCCGAGCUGGCCACUCCUUCCUCGCUCCUCUACCUACACUCUGAACUUCUGCCUGCUCUAAUCUGUGAAGGAAUCAUAGAUGCUUUUAUCAGACAUUUCAGCAAGCCUCUCGGGACUUCUGUGUCUGUGUCAGCAUGUAAGGCCAACCUUUUUUUUUUUUUUUUUUUUUUUUUUUUUUUUCUGGCAGUAUUGUUCUGUUCUCUUCACUGGUUGUGUUAUCUCUGUAUUUUGUCUGUGUCUUCAAGGCUGGCCUAUGAACAGACAAUUAUGCAAGGGUCCCCAAAUCUUUCACAGGCCUGUCAGUGAAUCUAGGGCAUAUUUACCCACUGGGCAGGUGCUUCCACUCUUCUGCCACGAUCAGUUAUCCCCUGGAGUCUCUGGAGCCUCUUUCUUGCAAAAUAGUGUGACGCAUCACUACUUAACUGUAUUUGGGACGUUUGCAUCUAGCUAGUAGCUUUAUAUUUGGCCUCAUGUUUUUAUUCUUUUUGUUGUUGUUGUUUUUUUGUUUUGUUUUUUUUCAACAAGCCUGAAAAACCAAAAAUGAUGUAUUUGGAGCAUAAAGAACAAUACUGAUUUGGAGUAAAGGUAACGUGAGGCCCAUGUUGCUUGGGGUGGGGGUGGGAGGGGUUCGAACCUGGGGAUUGACUACACCGCUGCUUGGCUGUGCCAGCAAGUCUAAGUUAAACCUUUGAUAGAUCAAGUGCCUUCAGUUGUUUUUUUUUUUUUUUUUUGAGACGCGAGCGACACGAAUAAAUACCCACAUUUCUAUAAUUCAGCAACAAGCACACCGCCGUUCCCAUAAACGGCAGGCAUAUUUCCCUCUAAUGUUCAAUGAUCAAAAUUGUAUGUUUGGGGUUUUGUUUUUUUUUUUAAACAGGAGAGGGUGGUUUUAAACGCCUAGCUUCUUGCUAUCUCAAUUUUAUCCCAGCCUGAUUCACAAUCCAUUCGUCGUUUUAUCUUUUUUAGUGUUCUAUUUUUAGAUAACUAUAUAUGUAUGAUAGUUUAGAUCAAAUGGCAUUUUACUUUCUUUUUUUUUCCUUCUUUCAUACAUUGAAUAAUUGAAUUUUUUUUUUUUUUUUUUAAACAGGGUCGUCUGUUAUAUCACAGCACGUCACUUCAAUGAGAUCAAACCAGCCAGGACUUAAUCUUGGUGGUCUGAUUCUGUUUGGACUCUUUUUAAACCCAUUUAUCUGAUUCUCUCAUUUCUGCUUUACUGUAUCCACUUUAAUGUUAUUGUAUUUUUGAUAUUCACAUGCAGCUUUUUUUUUUUUUUUUUCACUGUCUUUACUGAACAUUAACCAAAAAGACAGGUCUCUUGGCUCAGAACAAAGUAUAGCUCUUUGAUCAAUGAAACCUUAUGACCACAUACAGUAUACAACAGUUACAAUGUUGGAACCCCCCGCCCCCCCGUCUAUGCGACGCUGUGUUGAGUGUUUUAUAUGAAAGGUUUAUAGACUGCAGCCAGGACAAGUUUUAGCAGGUUUAAGAGUCAUGUCAAGGGGUAGAGUAGAGGAUCAGUGUGUGACUGAUGGUGGUGAGUUUUUCCUUUUGCCUGUUGUGUGUGUUUUUUUUUUUUUUUUUUUUUUUUUUUUUUUUUUUUUUGGUGGCAUAAUAAAGAAACAAUCAGAUAUCUCAGUCAGGAAUUGUUGAUGCAGAUUCCAAAGAUGUUUUUGUAAUGACACUAAAAACUUGUAUUUUGCUUCUAUCUUUAGAGUCCACAAACGGUAUGAUUUGUAAAUCAGCCUGUGUUUGAACAAACUGUAUAAGCUAAUAAUGAGAACAUGUUUUAAGUGUUAAUGGGCACGUCUAGCUGAGAGAGAUUCUUUUUUUUUUUUUUUCCCCCCUCCCCUUCUGUUUGGGAUGGUUGUUUCGAGUGACUAACCUUGAGAUUUUUAAGGAUGAGGUUUCAGAGCAGAGAAAAGAGCGAUUCUUCUACAAGCACUCACAUGUUUACAUACUCGGCCGCAGUUGAGACAACACACUGACAAUUCUCACAUAAUCACGUUAUUUUUUUUGAUGUUUACACAAUGACUACAUAUUUGCAUUACUGCAGUAACCUUUGAAUAAUCAGCCUGCUGUGCGUGCCCUUGGUUUAGGCUUUGCAGGAUGUCACACUGAUUCUGUUGCCAACCAAUACUAAAUGGGUAGCAUUUGGGGGUUUUUUUUAUUCGUGAGAAACCUCUUUUUAGUUUUGAUUUUACUGAAUAUUAAAUCACGUGUUGAUGGAUUUUUAAGAUGGAUGAACAGUGUUGGUGAGAACAAUGCAACUAAAAUGAGUGGUACACCACAGUGCUCGUAUUGCACGGCUAGUUUUCAUUUUAAUGCAUCAAUGCAUUUUGUCACACAGACCUGAUUUUAUGCUUAGUGUGUAAUUGUCAGAGCAUAUUAGCUGUUGACUCUCAUUGUAGCAGUAGAACUAAUCACAAGUUAAAGGAUUUUGUAUUUAGAGUUUUCUAAAUGCACAUGAAAUGAAUUUAUAUUCAGUAAUGAUCUGUUCUGUUUUUUGUUUUUUUUUUUUUUUGUUUUUUUUGAUAGAAAUGUGCAUGUGUUUUAGAACAAUAAAUUCUGUUACAGUAUAUCUUUCUUCAUAUGAUACUUUGAAAUUGGCCUAAAAUAAAGUAUAUACUUUGUGGUAAUAUUU